GUCACCGGCGGCGAGAAACGAGAGGGAUGCAGACAACACGGACGGAGAAGAGCAAGAGCUGAGGCACAGCGGAGGAAUAACGAGUGAGCUACGGCAGGAGUGUGGGCGGUGAUUUGGACGUCCUGCAGAAUACGGACCGGUGGUUUAAUACCUCCGAGCGCUGUUCUCCGUUGGGGAUUUGUGCUUGGGGCUGCUGACGGAGCUGUCAUUUCGGGGGUAUCCCUGCUGUCAACUGCUUUACUGUGUAGAUCGCGAGCUUUUCGUAUUGUCAGCUUCUCUGCAUUGUGAUCACUCGGUCCCGGCUCAGUGGUGGGCUGGGCUCGGGGAUGGGGUUUCGGUGCUGAGUGCAAUGGCAGCGCUAGCGGGGCCACUGCUUCCGCCAGCAGGGCGGGACGGGGAGCCGCGAUCGGGCCGCUGCGCUGCGGCUGAGCUCGGCAGGCCGGCAGCCGGGAGGUGGUACUCGGUGGGGUCGGUAUGGAAGGUGCGGAAGCUAAGGUGGCGAACCAGUUAGAGCCCCUCACGGUGCCUGUGGUGCAAGAGGGGAAUGGUGAGGGCGCUGUGGCAGACAGAAGUGGCCUGGAGCCGGGCACAAAUUGGCAUCCACAAGAAGGCUCCGUGGUGCCCACCGUGGGAUUUGAAUUUCGCAGGGGUUGUGCUGGGCCCCAGCUCAUGGUAUUUGCAGGAAAUCUACUGCAAGAGACUGGAGGAGACAGUAAGAAACAAUGUCAUGAUAGACUGCCAGAUGGUGAGGAUGAACACAUGAAAUCAGUGACAACGAGAAAUGGACUGGAGUGCCCACAGUCCUCAGAACUGUGCCACCGCCACCGUUAUGCUGCAGCAAAUCUCAAGGACCUCCCUGCCCCAGGGCACGAAAGACUGGCCCUUGGUCAUCUUUUUGACGUAGGGUGGGUUCCUGGUGGUAGUGGCAUGGCUGACCCAGUCUUUGAUUUAGCUAGGAAGUUGGAAGAUUUGGAACUGGUGGGUCAGAAUGCCCGCAAGGGGUUACCUAAAGAUGUUGGUUGCCCGUGCCAAGGUGUUUUGGCAUCAUCUGGGACAUUGGAGGAUCCCACAGAAACUAGUGAUGCCCUUUUAGUUUUGGAAGGUCUGGAAUCUGAAGUAGAUAGUCUUGAAACCACCAGUUGCUCAGAGGAAGAUGUCAACAGUCCAUGUCGGGCAUUUUUAGCAAGUGGUUUGAAUGACCCCCAGAAAAUGAAUAACUUACCUGAUGGGCUAGCUGUUCAGAGGGCCAGCAGGGCAGUGCCUGGCUUCCCAGUAUACAGGGAUCCUCAGACUUGCUGUGUGUUGAGGGAUGCAGUAGACUGUGGUGAACACCUCAACAGCAGAACCACAGCAGGAAGUGACACAACCCACUGGACUGAUACAUUGCAGAACAGCUCAUCUGAGAUUCCACCACCUUUCCCUCUUAAUGAUUUUACAAAGGUUCGAGUCAGCCGAUGCGUCAGUUCGCCCAGCGCAAUGAGAGAUGGUGAAAGACUGUCCCACCAUGUGCCAGCCAGGUCCCGCAAAGGCUCCCUGAAGUUCCGUCUUAGCAAGCUGUUCAGAACAAAAAGCUGCAAUGGGUCAAAUGUCCCUGUGGAAAAAAGGCAGUCUGUGGAUUUAGCCAGCUCUGCAGGAAGUGUUACCGAGAUGGGAACAAUGAGCAACAAGGACAGAGACUUAGGAAGGAAACCGAGGCUUACAAGAACCCAAAGUGCCUUUUCUCCAGUCUCCUUCGCCCCUGUCUUCACAGGUGAGACAGUAUCGCUGGUGGACGUGGAUAUUUCCCAUCGUGGGGCCAACUCUCCUCAUCCGCCAACACCCCCUCCUCCCCCACGCCGCAGCCUCAGUCUCCUAGAUGAUAUUAGUGGGCCUCAGCCUGGAGCGGUGUUAGUGAGCCCCAUGGGAUUAUCCCUUCAGUCUCUUCCGUUGCCACCGCCACCACCACCCCACGCACCAAUCCAACACAGCCUCAGCCUGAAUGACACAUUUCCAAGAAUCUCACCACAGGGACGACAGAUGGACAGUCAGACUGUGCAGCCACAUUGUCCUGUUAACCGGAAGGAUGCUGGGAGCUUUGCUGAUAGCCUGCGAGAACUGGAGAAGUGUGGCUGGUACUGGGGUCCUAUGAACUGGGAAGAUGCUGAGAUGAAGCUGAAAGGAAAGCCAGAUGGGUCAUUCUUGGUCCGUGACAGCUCGGACCCCCGCUACAUUCUAAGUCUGAGUUUCCGAUCUCAGGGUAUUACUCACCAUACCCGUAUGGAACACUAUCGAGGAACCUUCAGUCUGUGGUGUCAUCCAAAGUUUGAAGACCGGUGUCACUCGGUGGUGGAGUUUAUCGACAGAGCCAUCAUGCAUUCCAAAAAUGGAAAGUUCCUCUACUUUUUGCGCUCUAGGGUUCCUGGUCUUCCACCAACACCUGUACAGCUUCUCUACCCUGUGUCCCGCUUCAGCAAUGUGAAGUCCCUCCAACAUCUGUGUCGUUUCCGAAUUCGACAGCUUGUGCGCAUAGACCAUAUAGAUGAACUCCCUCUUCCUAAGCCUCUCAUCUCUUACCUACGAAAGUUUUACUACUAUGAUCCAGAGGAAGAGAUCUACCCUUCAUCACAAGGGAACUGGUGGAAAAAGGAACCUGAGUCUGCGGCACAGACGUAACUCGCGCAAGACUUCCUGUGGUCUGUUUGACUGUUUUUGACUUCUCCCCUGGAUCAGGUGUUGAAUGAACAGAGGAGCACAGCUGCGACUAAGAGGAAGAGACAAGAGUGCGCUUUCCUCGUCUUUAUCUGAUUGCAGACUUUCUUUGUUGAUCCUCUGACCUGGACGUCUGCAAGAAUAGGCACCUCCCAGCACAUCAGAACUGUCCAUUUCCAGUCUGACAGAUUUUCCUGGAAACUCUCAGCUACCUUCCGCUUUUGAAACCAUUACAGCUACCUUCAACAUUUGAAACUGUUGUGGGAACUCUUACAUGUAUUUUCUGAUUUUUUUUUUUUUUUUUUUGUAAUAGCAAAUAUAUCCGCAUUAAAAAAGGACUGCAUUCUGGGUGGCAGGUAGUAGCAGCAUUAGCUCUCUAGAACGUUUUAGAACUUGACUGCCACCAAAAAAAAGACAGCAAAAACUGUUCAUCGUUUUAUUUGUGGUGGGUACGCUCACAAAAAGUAAAGUUCAACAAGCUUCCUGAGUGGAUGGUUCCUCAGAUGUUGGCUAAAUAACACCAGCUGGGGAAGAAGUGAGCAUAGUUCUAGUGAUUGAGGUUGGGGUAUGAUAAAUAUGCUGUGCUUCCUGAAAAGAUAUUUUUUAAUUAAUUGCUUGUCCAUCCAUAGGGUGUUAGGUUAAAGUAAAUUCAGGAUCCCUGAAUCCCCCCCAACGUUUAUGAUGUAUGGUUGAUAUCACACAUAUCUAGCAACUGUGGUUGGUACAAGAGAUAGCUUCAUGCGAUUAACACUGUCUGUUUUCUUCUUCCUGUUUUGUGGGUCGAUACAUACACAGUACUGAUGAUACAAGUGUAUGCAUUAUUGGUGGUUUGUUAACAAGCUAAAUGGUGCAAUACAUUGUCAAUAACUGAUUUGUGGCCAGUGAAAGCAGUUCAUUGCCAUAGUCUUGUGUAUGUGUGGGUAACCUGUGACAGGUGUGCUGUAAGGAAUAAUUGGGCUGUUACUGUUUGUGGAAUGCUGCUUUCUAGCAUCCGCACUGUCUGACAGUGUACCGCAUUACAUGCUGUCAGUCGUAUUUGCAGUAUUUGUCAUGCAGCCGUGUGCCUGGUCUUAAAUUUACUGUUGCAAACAGCACAUUUUUUGCUGUCAUAGCUGGCUGAAACAGUCGAUCUCUGGCGGAUGCGUGUUGACAGAAGUAAGCUAUUGAUUCUGAGGAAAGCAGCUGAACCUUUUAUUAGCUGGCCGUAUUCUGUAAUCGCCUUUGAUUUAAGGAAAUGCCAUCCCUGGCCAGAAACUGAGUUUUCAGAAACUGUAACUCUUCCUUUGUGCUUCUAAAUGCAUCAAUAACUGUGGCCUUUGUCAGGGUUGAAGGCACUUCAUUCUCUGACUCAGUGGUGCCACUUUCUGAUGUAGCUACCACCAGCAAUAGUAGCCUGAGUGAAUUGGGCCUACAGGCAGGCAAGUGUAUGGUUCUACAGAUGAGGAUAUCGGGUCUGGAGCAAAUACCAUGUCUCUUUUUAGGUAAGGAAUUGCACAAGACAAAGUAGGGUCAUUUUAUUUGGUCUGCAUGGUUUUGAGGUUGUUACACAUCUAAGUGUCGACUUGUUUUGUUUGGUUACUUUUGCAGAGGAAGUGUUUGCUCUGUUCAGGAUCACAGAAAAUCAUGCUGGGGCGGACUAGAAUUUUUUAUGUUUGUGGUAAGAACUUGGGAUUGUAUAGAAAAAGUUACUGGAGGGGAGAAAGGUUACAUUCCAUUUCAAUGACACAGGAUGAAUUAUGAAUUCCAAAACAUGCAGCCAUACGUAAAUCUGUAUUUGUGUUAUGGGGCAGCACAUGCAUGAGGAAAGAACAGAGCCUGUUGCCCAAUAACUUGAAGAAAAUGACCCUAAUUUGCAGGAAGGCCCAAGUAGGUAUACAUUAGGGGUUACCACAAAGUUAUAUACCCCUUUACGUAAAAAGCACAAUGUUGUCAUAUAGAAUAAUAUCUUGAACUUUUUGGAAAACAGAACACAGCUGUGUUGCUAAUGGCAGAUUAGGUACCAAAGUAGAAAGGGGAAACACAAAGGCCUGUGUAGUUUAAGGACUGUAGAACCAUUUGCGAUGAUCAGAAGAAAACAGAAAUGCCACUGGCUUGUCAUAAGGGCACCUUUAAAUCAUUUAUUUACUUCACAACGUGACAAAAAAACAUUUCUUAGCUUGCCACAUUGAUCUUUUUCCUAUGCAGUUAUAGUUUGGUAACCUUUUAUUGGAUUGGCAGGGAUGUGAUGGAAAGGAAUGCUUGAAGUUUCAGAGAUCUGUUUGCUAGGAACAAAUGAUCUCUUCUGCCAGAACUCAGUGGUUUUUAUUUUCUGAGCACAGACAUACUUGGUGGAGCUAAACCACUUCAUUUCUUUGGGUGAGAUGUGUGCCCCCCUGUAUGGAAGGAAGAGUAUGGAUGAUAUCUGAAAAAUGAUGUACAGUGAUUUUCUGAAAGGAUCCCAUGUACGAGUGCGGCAUCUGUUUAAGAAUCAAACUAGUGUGCUACUCAGAUGCUUUGGUUGCAAUGCCUUGUGAAGCUACAGUCCCUGCUGGUGUCAGUGAUGUGCACUUCCUUGUGGUAGGCCAAGCGCAGAUGACCUGUGGGUAUCCAGCAUGGACUGAACACAUGUAAACCUCGUCUUCUGACAGGGAAAUGUGUCCUCUGCAAUGUUCUGCUGUUGCAUUUUAAUGCGUUUGCAUUCUGCUUGCGAUAAAGGCUGAACUGGAACUGAGAACUACUGAUGAUCACUUGAACAGAAGCUCUUCUGUUUUUGCUAAAUAUUAAUUGCCUUGAUUACGGUUUACUAUGUCAUAGGAUGUAAAUGUCAUUUUUUGUUCAAGAAGCGUAGCAGCUUAAGAAUGUAUGUGUCGAACAGUACGUGUAGCCUGCUCAGACCCCUGCUCCCAGCUUCUCAUUUAGUAUGUUUGCUUCAGGUGUGCUUUUGAAAGAUUUGAGUACCACGGUUGAUAGACUGUUAGAUGUGUCUGACACUUUUGCAAAGAAAUCUACCAUUAGUUCACACCCCCGUACUGAUCAGUCUGAAGUUGUUAUUGCUUGAUGUUAAGUUUACCACAAGCCAUAUUUUACUUCAGUACAUAGGCAUUGAACAUUUGCUUCUGUUCGGUUUCCUGUGUUACUGAGGCUUACGAUGAUGGAUCUUGGUAUUAUAACCUGUCUUUGUUCUCUGCCCUCCUUAUAUUUGUCAAGUUUAUUUUUAUGAAGUUAACCACUGAUUAGUGGCUUUAGCACUGCAGCUAACAAGGUCUGAAAUUGUUGCAGUUUGUGAAAAACAGUCAACAUUUGUCAAAAGUCACAUUUAACUGAGACAUUCAGAGAAUGAUUGCAUGUAGUGUCUGACUUAAAUCCAUUUCUAACAUGUUUCAGUGGUUUUAUCAAUAACGCAGGUUUGGUAACACAAUUUACUCUGCGUCAUGGAAUCUACACUGUACUGCAAACAUACUUUUUGUAAGUUACAUUGUGUAGGUUUCUAGACCAUGUGUUUGCUGGGAAGACAUUAUGGUUUAUUUUUAAAAACAGAGACCGAAAAAUAAUUGGAUUAAAUUAAUGCAUUAAAAACUAAAUACAGAUCACCUCCUAGUAAUUCUUUCAAAACUGAAAACAGUGAACUGGUCUUUAAAAGAUUUUUCAGUUUUCAGAGUCAGCAUCAUGUAAUUCUAACAAAGCGUCUCAACUCUCUCCCCCACCGUGUGUGUGUGUGUGUGUGUGUGUGUGUGUGUGUGUGUGUGUGUGUGUGUGUGUCUGUGUGUGUGUCUGUGUGUCUGUGUGUCUGUGUGUCUGUGUGUGUGUGUGUCUCUCUCUGUGUCCGUGUGUGUGUGUCCGUGCGUGUGUAGCUAAUUAGCCGUUUGGUCAGAGGUAAGCAGUAACAUUAUAUGUCCAGAAGCAGGUUUCACUAAGUAUCAGUCUGUAGGAGAAUUAGUAUGAGAGAGGACCUACUUGAGAGAUCUUGCUUAACCAAUCAUGUUACUGUACAAGAUGUUUUUUACAACACUAGACGUACCAUGAUGGAAUUUUAGGUGAUAGCCUGCUUAGGUUCCCAAGUAUUGUGUCUUUUUCUCCCCCCCUGGUAAACAAUGAUUGUCAGUUGUAUCUUUGUUGUCCAGUAGCACGUUGGUUGUAGGACACCCGCUAUUUGUUUAAGUAUCUGAUAAAAGAUCGAAGCUGCUGGAGAUAUAACUAGACAUAUUGUUUUACAGUAAUUCACUUAUCUUGAAUGAUGACCCAGGUAUGCACUCUUGGGGCACACGAGCAGUGGAUAGCUGUUUUCUUUAUUCUGUCCCUUCCAAAAUGCAGUUUGUAAGGAAUUUCAAUAAUUAUGAUGUUUAUAUUUAGUCACACCAAGCUUUUCAGAAUUACUGAGCUUGCUGUAACAUUCCAAGGGAAGUGUUGGAUCCAAGUUGAAUACUAUUUGAACCAUUUGCUCUUGAGCCCAGGAUCUGUGUGCUCCUGAGACUUGUUCACUAAGUGUUAUCCCCUUGUAAUAAAACCACCUUGUUGCUGAUGCAGUAGAACCAAGUCCCCACUUUUUAAUUUUAUUUAAUUAAGGAUGGCAUUUCUUUUUAUGAAAUGAGGGAUGCUGUCUAUUAGGACUGAUAGUGCUGCAGUAGCGCUGUCACCUCACAGUAAGACGCUGUCCGGUUCGACUCUCAGCUAGAGCGUCUUCUGCGUGGAGACAUGCGUGAAUGGGCAUACCUUUGUUGAAGGUUGUGCGUUAGGGCUGGCAACUCAGCACGUAAAAAUCAACUGCCAAUCAUUAGCGGACUGGAGUUCUGUGGCGACCCCUAACCGGGAAAAACCUAAAGAACACACACAGUGACUGGGAAGCAUGUCUAAGGUUAAAAAGGCCCCGUGGGGUCGUUAACCAAAUAGUCACCUAUGAACGUAUAGACAGUUUUCUGUUUCAUUUACAACUAUCCUGGAGUAUUAUUUGUUGUAUAGACUUACUACUGCAGAAGUUUGAUGAUGUAAGUAUAUUCCUUUGUCGUUAGUGGCAGUCUGGCAUGAUCGUUAUGAAUUUAUUCUGUAUGGUUUCUAAACAGCAGCUGCUAACCUAAGAGAACUUUUAUUCAUCCCACGUUGUGUUUUCCCUCUGUACAUGAUGAUCUCUGCGCUGUCACAUGUAAAUGCAGAACAGUAACUUUCUUCCAUUUGGUGGCAUUCAUGUGCUUUCUAGCUUCGAAAGUGCACGCAACAUUGAGUUUGUAUGAAAUCUCAUGGUGUUUUUUUCCCCUUGGAAUUUGUUUUCUUGAACUCUUAACAUCUUGUGACCCCCUUAUAUUUGAGUUUGGCUCCAGAAAUGCUACAUACCAAGGAAAGUGUAUCCCUACCUUACUUCCCUUCUGUUGACUCUCUGAGUUUGUAAGCUUUGUUUUUUCAUCAUUCAUAUUCUGUUUAUCGUAGUUCACUGUAGCACCCAGACAUCUUAACUGUUGCUAUUUUGGGGGAGUGUACCUAUUUUCACGCCUGUUUCACCCCUGCACAGGAUGUACUUAUUUUCGGAGGUGUGUACCUAUAGUCAGACUUGAUUUACCCCUUCACGCAAUUUUUUUGAAUCCCUCCCAUCAGACAUGAUUUUUGAAGCUAAUAUACAGAAAACUACACUACAUGACAUACAUACUAAUGGCACGCAUCUUGCAUCUCUCUUUAUAAGAAUUAAAAAUAAAUGACCUUGUGUAGUAGAAUUUUGCAGUGCAGUUCAAUAAAGGCUACAGAUUUUACACUC